AUGCUCUCAUCAACAUCGUCUUCACCAAGAGUAGCUGUGCUUCUGAUCGCAGCCGCAUUGCUUGUCCUUGCAACUUGCACUGAGGCCCAAGUUGCCAGUGCAUUCGAGGGCACAAGUUUCCCGCUCUCGUCGUUUGCCGUCAGCCAAACCUUCACGCCCGUCACCACAUUUGCAUCUGCCACUGGCGGCAACCCAACCGUCAUUGGCGGCCCUGGUCCAUCACCCGCCACAGCCUCGUACCAAUUCACCUACACUGUACCCACUCAAACCGUCCCUGCCGUCUUCCCCUCCCAAGUGUAUCAAAGCUUGGCUUCCAGUGGUGGCUACAACACCGCCCCCGAUGCAAAGAACCUCGGACCGGACCCCAAAAAUCUUCAGUUUGCAAACACGGCAGCAGACCACUUCAACUACGCCGCUGCCAAGGCCGUCUUUGUCACGCUUGCAACCGCUGCUCUCGUCGUGGUGAUGCUCUGA